AUGGUCCAGGAGGACAUUGACUUUGAGCUUGUUCCAGAGCUUAAGCUGGAUCACAGGCUGUUAGAUCGCAGAAAUGAUGAUGGCGCGCUUAAAGUACCAAAACGCAGCGCCUCCGUGUCGGUGGCGUCCCCCAGUCUACCCUUUGGCCGGCGCCCUUCAGCGCCUUCGGGCCCAUCUUCCCCGGCUGGUGCAUUCCUGAGCAGGAUCAAUUCGAAGCUCACGGGUUUGUCGGAGUCGCCGCCUGAUUUUGGAGUCGGGGUUUACAAAUGGGGUAAAGUUCUGGGGACAGGCGGCUCCUCGUUGGUGCGGGAAGCCUUUGCAGAGGGCGGCAGGGUAUGUGCGGUCAAAAUCAUCAGCAAGAAUACCGUGUCCGAAGAGGAUAUAGCACACGAGCUGGCUGUGUGGUCUAAUCUUCACCACCCCAAUAUUUUGGAACUCUUGGAUCACUACGAAACCACUAAAUCUGUUUAUCUCAUCACCGAGUGUAUGACGCUCGGCUCUCUUCAUGAUUACCUGAAAAAGACUCGAGCAUUCAAUCCAAAGCCUCUGGCAAUCUACGCAAGGUACCUCAGAGACCUUGCUUCUGCGCUCAAGUACUUGCACUGCGAGCAGGAGGUUGUCCAUCGUGAUGUCAAACUCGAGAACUGUUUGAUUCACCCGGAGAGGGGCGUUUUACUUUGUGACUUUGGCCUAGCAGAACCUAUCGGUGAAAACAUCAUGAAACUUCAACUCGACCAUCUUAUCGGUCCGGGUCCUACCUCUACUUUUCUUUAUUCCUUACCUCCUUCACGGCGUGCAUCGGUGGUCGGAUCCCAGCCUGUGAUGGGCAGCGCAACAAUAAGCCCAUCGUCCAUUGGCCGUGAACCAGCGGUAUUUUCAGGCGGAAAUUCCCGACGAGCAUCUAUCUCGAAUUCGCAGCCUGGGUCUCAAAUCGGCUCCGUCACAUCCUUGGCCUCUUUCGGCACGUUAUCUCGCCAGUCCUCUCUAUCGCAUGUAUCAAGCAGGUUAGGCGGCUCUUUGCCGUACGCCGCUCCAGAGCUGCUUGACGAGUCAUUACUGCCAGAUGAGAUUAGCGCGGCAGUUGAUAUUUGGGCGUUCGGUGUGUGCACUUAUACUUUGUUUGCGUCGCAGCUGCCGUGGUCUUACCCAUUCAGCCCGAGACUUCGCUCAAUGAUUCUGACAACAAACUACGACGUCUCACCUCUGGAGGAAGUUGUUAGGCCGUUGGUCGCCAGCUGUCUCAAGCGCGACUAUACGGCCCGUCCGGGAAUCGAAGAAGUUUACGACCGAGCGGAGAAUUUGGUCGACUUCUUCGAGGCCGAAAUCAAGUCGGAGUUCAAACCAUCAUAUGAUCUUAGAGGUACUGAAACGCCUCGUGGCUCCAUGGACGCUGGAAGCGAAGUCCUGCAGACACCUUUCCUGAAUGUUACCUAA